UGCAGAACAAACUCCCUCUCAAUCCCCAAGUUCUAGCUUGGUCGGCACGAUGGACGUUUCCAUCGCCCCCGGUGAGGCGGCAGUCGUGCUUUUUGUCCUGAUUUUCCUGGGCACUCUGCUGCCCGCACGGAGAUUGCUUCAGACGAGAUGGAAGACCACGGCCCUCGAAGACAUCCGGCAUGAAGACGAAGAUGGAGUUGCCACGAAAGACUCCAUGGCGCAGUUCUCAAACAAGGGCCCCUUUAUUGUUCUCUUCCUCUUCGCACUAUGUGGAUUGGGGCUGUCUUUCGCAAACCUGGUGAUCGCGUCAGUCAACGCUCAUGGGGAGAACGUCGCGAUGGGAAUCUGGCUGCUGCCGCCAGCAUGGCUUUUACUGCUGGUGCAACUUACAGAUACCAUCCGCGAGACACUGCCCGUCACAAGAUUUGACAGCGCCCUGUGGAAGCAGGUUACAACCGUAUUGAUCGCAGGAAUCGCCUUUGACGCUCUAGCCAGCGAAUACGCCCACGGCGGAAGCCAAAUUGCCAUCACAGUUCUACUCGGUCUUCAGCUCCCCACUGUCCUAGUUUUAUUGGGUGCCGUUUGGUGCUUGAAGCGGCGUCCGACCGUCUUCACCCCCGAUGGCAAAGAAAUUGACCAAGAGAUGACAGUCAGUCUGUGGAAUCGCUUCACAUUCCAAUGGCUUCCUGGUCUCUUGGCUUCCGGAGCCAAAGACGGGUUGGAAUACGAGGAUUUCCCUGCCAUGAAUCGUGCCGUACGCUCCAAGGAAGCCACCGAUGACUUCAACGCCAUAGCCUUGAGCAACACCCUGCCAUUGUGGAUUCGCAUCGCUUGGCAUUUUCGAACCCAGCUCCUUCGCCAGUGGAUUGCCAUCCUUGUUUCGAAUUUCUUCGACGUCGCUCCGACUUUCGCCAUCUUGCAAUUACUUCAGUACCUCGAGACCCGAGAUAGCUCGGAUGUGUUUGAUCCAGCGGCGUGGAAGUAUGUCCUGACGAUUGGUCUGGCCACUGUGGCCUCGACCCUAGUCGACUCGCGAAUCAUGUGGUGGGAGAAAGGUUACAUCGUUGACGCUCUUCGAUCGACUUUGACAGGCCUCGUGUAUCACAAGCUAUUGAAGAAGAAGAUUAGUGCCGACCCUCCAAAUGAGAACGAGGCAGAGAAGAAAGAGCCUGACCACGAUGGCCCAUCCAAGUCGGAGGAGGACAUUAUUAAUAUGUUCGCGGUCGACUGUAACCAAAUUGCCAUGUUUGCAUCGGAGAGUUCUCAGUACGUGAACAUAGUGGGCAAGAUGCUGGUAACAGUGACAUUUUUGUGGCUGCUCAUCGGCUGGCAAAGCUUGUGUGCUGGUCUGCUUGGCAUAGCAGUUCUCUUCCCUAUUAACGAGGCCUUGGCCAGGCGGUACGGCAAGAAACAAAAGGCCCUCAUGGCAAUCCGUGAUAAACGAACCACCAUGACAACAGAAGCGCUGCACGGUAUUCGACAAAUCAAAUUCUCCGCGGCUGAAGCCCAGUGGACCGAGAAGCUUGAAGCGGUACGUGAAGAGGAGCUGGCCGUGUUGUGGAGCAGCCGAGUGGACAAUAUCUACAUGACCAUUGGGGCCGAAUUUUCGCCCAUUGUUUUGACGGCAUUGUCUCUGGCGACAUAUUCAUACGUCCACGGCAGCUUGCUAUCCUCGGUGGCUUUCACCGCGAUCAGUCUCUUCCGCCAACUGGAAGGGAUCGUGGCACAGAUUCCUUACUUGAUGGUGGCAGGCAUCACCGCCAAGGUGAGCUCCGACAGAAUCGACAAGUUCCUUCGCUCGCCAGAGAGAAGUGAGAACACGCACCCAGGGGAGGCCGUCUCGUUUCACAGCGCGUCCGUAAGCUUCCCUUCUGACGCUCCGGAUGCCCCGACCGAUCGGUUCAUGCUGCGAAAUCUGAACUUGGCCUUCCCAAACCAUGCUCUGAGCGUCAUUUCGGGUCCCACUGGAUCUGGAAAGUCCUUACUUCUGGCAGCCAUUCUCGGAGAGGUCGAGGUUCUGGAUGGCUACGUUCAUGUUCCGCGAGACCCUAGCCCUCAGGAGCGCUUUGAUAGCAAGGCCACAGCUGGGAACUGGAUUCUUCCAACGGCUAUCGCCUUUGUCUCCCAGACCCCAUGGAUCGAAAAUGCGACAAUCAAGAACAACAUACUCUUUGGUCUGCCGUUCGAUCCAAUCCGAUACGGUAAGGUGGUAGAAGCAUGUGCAUUGACUGCCGACCUGGCCUUGUUCGAGGAUGGAGAUGAAACCGAAGUGGGCGUGCAGGGUGUCAGUCUCAGUGGCGGACAAAAGUGGCGAGUGAGCCUGGCCCGUGCCAUUUAUUCACGUGCCGGAAUCCUCAUCAUGGACGACGUCUUUAGUGCGCUGGACGCUCACGUUGGCAAACAUGUUUAUGAAAAUGCAGUCAUGGGCGAGCUUGCCGAGGGACGAACUCGGAUUCUCGCCACCCACCACGUGUCACUUUGUUUGCCAGGAGCGAAAUACGCAGUCAGUUUGUCUGCUGAUGGGACGCUCAAGCACGCGGGUGCUGUAGACCAGCUGGAGGCUGAUGGCGAGCUCGACUCAAUUAAGGAACCAGAGGAGAGGGAGAUUCUAAUUGAGGAAGAAGAGGAGAUAAUCCCGACUGCUCCUGUCACAAAGGCUCCGCCUAAAAAGCUCAUCGAGGACGAGAAAAGAGCAACGGGUCGCGUUGCAACAUCGGUCUAUGCUGGCUAUCUGAAAGCUACCGGAGGAUGGCCAUUCUGGAUUGUUCUUUUCCUUAUUUUCACCCUUGCCCAAGCGUUGAACCUCGGUCGAACAUACUGGGUGCGGAUCUGGGCGAAUUCCUAUGGGGACACGGAAGGUUUAUCGCAUUACGCAAUGUGUCCUCAUAGAAGCACCGCGCAGAUAUCGCUGGCGGGGUAUUCGACUCAAACUGUGUGUUCGACUAGCUCGGGGAGCCUUCCGAUUGACAUUAACCACCGGAGCAUCUGGUUCUAUCUUGGGAUGUACUGUCUCAUCUCGACCGUCUCAGUCGUCGUUGCUGUCGGCCGUCUUUUCAACCUCUAUACUGGAUCCGUCCGUGCAUCGCGGACAAUCUUCAAGGCUACGCUGCACAAUGUCUUCCUGGCCCCUCUCCGGUGGUUCGAUACCGUACCCACAGGACGAAUUCUGAACCGAUUCACAGGAGACUUCACCUCGCUUGACUCGAACCUCUCUGAGGUGGUUUAUUACUUUUCGUCUGCGGUUUGGGAGCUUCUUGGCAGUAUGACGGCCGCAGUCUUUAUCUCGCCAUUCAUGGCCUUGGUUGCGCCUCCUCUGGUGGUGAUCUGCGCCCUCAUUGGACGGAGAUACAUUGGUGCUGCACGCAACGUCAAGCGACUUGAAUCGAACAGCAAGUCUCCGGUGAUCUCUCAUUUUGCUGCUUCACUCAGUGGCCUCUCUACCAUCCGGGCGUUCUCAAAGUCCGAGGAGUUUACACAGCGGAUGUAUAAACUCAUCGACACGUACGUCGCCUGUACCUGGUAUUCUGGCCUCUUAGGGAGCUGGCUCGCUCUGUGGGUUGGAGUCACUGCCUCGUUGUUUCCCGCCGCUAUAGCCGCCUUUGUGAUUCUGACUCCUGGCACCGAUGCCAGUCUAGCUGGUUUCGCCCUUUCAUUUUCUAUCACUUUUCACUUCAUGACCUCCUGGGCAAUCCACAUGACGGCCCGGGUAGAGCUAUAUAUGAAUGCCACGGAGCGAAUUUUCGAGUACCGUGACUUGCAAGUCGAGAGUCGUGAUGGGGAUAGCGUGCGUGCUAGCUGGCCGGAGACGGGUAGGAUUGAAGUGGAUGAGCUCGAGGUUGGAUACGCAGAGGGGCUGCCUUCCAUCUUGAAGGGGCUUACCUUUACUGCCGAGCCGAAUCAGCGGAUUGGUGUUGUUGGUCGGACCGGUGCUGGUAAAUCCACCCUGUCCCUUGCUCUGUUCCGUUUCCUGCAUACUCGCAGAGGUAGUGUGAUCAUCGAUGGCGUGGAUAUCUCCAAGAUCCGACUUCACGAUCUCCGCACCCGUCUGGCCAUUAUUCCACAGGAUCCGGUUCUCUUCUCUGGCACCAUUCGGUCCAACCUGGACCCUUUGAAUCAAUACAGUGACCUCGAAAUCCGGGAGGCUUUGAUGCGUGUUCAUCUCACCCCUUCUGGAAGCGACACGCCGCUGCCUAAGCCCGACCAAGUUGACUCGGGUGCUAGUUCGACCAUCGCCGGUUCCGAAGAAAGCGGCAACGCCAAUAUCUUCCUGUCUCUGUCUUCCCCUAUCACGGCGGGUGGGUCGAACCUAUCACAGGGACAGAAGCAACUGCUCUGUCUUGCACGGGCCAUUCUCUCCCGGCCCAAGAUUUUGAUACUUGAUGAGGCAACCUCCGCCGUCGACAUGGCCACUGAUAUCCUGAUCCAGCGCUCCAUCCGGGAGGCGUUCACAAACACCACCCUGCUUGUUAUCGCGCACCGUCUGAGCACAGUGGCGGACUUUGACCGCAUUCUCGUUAUGAAGGACGGUGUGGCGGCGGAGUUUGGCACUCCUGGGGAGUUGGUAGAGACAGAGGGGGGAAUUUUCCAAGAUAUGGUAAAUAAAAGUGGAGAGCAGGAGGAAUUGAGACGGAUGAUGUUGGAAUAGACUAUUGUUUAAUUGUUAGAUCUUUUACUACAAAAUGCAAGAGGGAUUAAUUAGCGUU